AUGUCUAAAUUAAUUUUACUCUGUGCUUUGUUUUUGUUGGUGGCAACACUGGUGGAUGCCAACGGGAAUCUUGUCCUUGGCAGCCCGUAUGGCGCGAAUUUGAUUUACCAACGAACACAUAAAAAAUGGGCAAUUCCAUUAGUAAAAAGAGAUGAAGUUGUCGAAGUGCAUGCGCCUGGUGGAGAACUGAUUAGAGGCGUUGUUGUACAAGAUUACUACGGGACAGGAGAGUGUCAUCCUGUAGGAGGAGGGAUAGGCCAAAGGUCUAUUUCCUUGAAAUUAAAGAGUCCAAGAUCGAAAGGUUAUAAGUUUAUGGUUGAUGUAUAUGCUGCGUAG